CGAAACUACAUGUUGGUAGUCCAUAUUACAUAACACACAUGGCUCGAGACCAGCUUCUCACAAAGGAGCAGUCUGCUUUUAUGACAAAACCACACAUUUUACUAAUCGUUGCCGAUGACCUUGGCUUUUAUGAUGUCGGCUAUCAUGGGUCCCGUAUAAAGACACCAAACAUAGAUAGACUUGCAUUUUCUGGUGUGAGACUUGAGAACUAUGUUCAACCUAUUUGUACACCGACAAGAGGCCAGCUGCUUACUGGACGGUAUCAGAUUCACACAGGACUUCAGUGGUUGUUGUGGCCUACAACUCCUUACGGUUUGACUCUGGACAACCCUACAAUCGCCGAUAAGCUAAAGGAGGCUGGCUAUGCUACACAUAUGGUAGGAAAAUGGCACCUGGGGUUCUACAAAAAGGAGUAUUUACCAACAUAUAGAGGCUUCGACAGUUUCUUUGGGUUCUUGAACGGACAUUCCGACUACUACAACCAUAGUGUAAAAUAUAAAGGCAUGAACGGGUACGACCUGUUUGAGAAUGAUCAUCCUGCAAAUAUAAGCAAGUACACCGGCUCAUACUCGACUACCCUAUUUACGGAGAAAGUGAGAGACACUAUACAAAAUCACAAUACCGAGAAGCCACUUUUCAUCUACCUGUCAUACCAAGCAGUACAUUCACCCCUGCAAGUUCCUAAACGAUACGUGGAUCUUAACAAAAAUAUAAAUAAAAGAAUGAAAAUAAGAAGGCAAUAUGCAGGAAUGGUAACAUGUAUGGACGAGUCAGUAGGAAACGUUGUGGACGCUAUGAAAGAACGCGGGUUGUGGGACAACACAUUACUGAUCUUCACAACAGACAAUGGAGGGAACAUUGAACGUGGUGCCAGUAAUUGGCCACUGAAGGGUGAGAAAGGCUGCUUAUACGAAGGAGGAAUACGUGCUGUUGGAUUCGUAAAUUGUCCUCUUUUAGGCGAACAGGCCGCUGGUUCCGUCUCAAAUGAACUCAUGCAUGUAACUGAUUGGUUCCCAACGCUUCUUAACCUUGCCGGGGGAAAUGUUAGCGGUACCAACCCUUUAGACGGAUAUGAUCAAUGGAAAACAAUUAAGUAUGGUUUACAGAGCCCGAGGAAAGAAAUACUUCAUGACAUCAAUCCAAGAGUUAUUUCCCCUGGAAAACCACUUUUUAAUAAUACAUUCAAUACAACAACGCGAGCAUCACUGCGAAUGGGCGACUGGAAAAUUAUAACCGGAUAUCCAGAUUCAGGACCAAUUGCACCAACAAAUACAUCGACAGGUUUCCACAAAAUAUUGCUUAUGAACAUAAAAAUAGAUCCGAAUGAGAAAACGGAUCUGUCAGAAAGGUUUCCAGAUAUCACUCGACAUAUGCUUAAAAGACUUGAAUAUUACCAGUCAGGCAUGGUAAACUGUCACUACCCAUCAGGAGACCCGCUUGCAAAUCCUUCUUUCAGAAAUGGAUUUUGGCAGCCAUGGAAAUAA